AUGUAUAACACUAAUACCGAUAUCUGGCUUGCUGGAGCAAUAGCUGCUUUCACAGUCGACUUUGUCGUUUACCCUCUCGACACUCUCAAGACUCGCAUCCAGUCACCAAGAUAUAAGGAGUUAUAUACCGAUGCUGCUACGGGAGCGAUUCAUCGAAGAUCACUCUUUCGAGGGCUGUAUCAGGGGAUAUGGAGUAUUGUUAUAGCUACGAUACCUUCUUCAGGAGCAUUUUUCACCACAUACGAAGGCAUAAAACACAUCCUGAACUCAGCAGCCACAAGGAACUCCAGUGAUUCCACCACCACUGGUGGUAAUCUCUUACCAUUCAAACACUCCCUCCCAGCACCAGUCAUAAACAGCAUCGCCUCUUCAAUCGCAGAAUGCGUAUCAUGUUUCAUCCUCACGCCAGCCGAAGUCCUGAAACAGAAUGCGCAGAUGGUCACAUCGACAGACCGCCGGACGUCCUCAGCAACAGGAACAAUGAAAUAUCCGACAAUGCAGGUUCUAUCAACAUUUCGAGCGAAUCCCAUUCGUCUCUGGCGCGGAUAUGGGACGCUUGUUGCGAGAAAUUUGCCGUUUACAGCUAUGCAGCUCCCGCUUUUUGAGUAUCUGAGGGAACGAAUGCAAAGUAGAUGGCGGCGGCAGCAGCAGGAGAAGGAUAAGGCGCAAACUGUCUCGGAGAGAACGUUGAUUACCGCGUUAUCAGCUGGAUUAGCAGGCUGCGUUGCGGCGAUUAUCACCACACCGAUUGAUGUCAUCAAGACGAGGGUUAUGCUUGCAGCGGCUGGGGAUGGGGAGCAGCAUGCCUCUGCUGGUUCUGGCACUUCAUCAACUUCGCCGUCUAGGAGUAGAAGUGCGUUUACUGUUGGAAAGGAGAUCUACCAAAAAGAAGGGAUGCGUGGCUUGUUCAAAGGGGGUUUUUUGAGAGCAGGGUGGACGGCACUGGGAUUCGGACUAUAUUUAAGUGCCUAUGAAACUGGACGAAUGUACUUUGAGAAGAGGAGAAAAGAGAAAGAUAAGGAGGGUGCUCGUUGA